AUGUUACGUUGUGUGUUACGUUACAUGUCAUCUCUAUCUUCGCCGCAUUGAUUAAGGGAGACAUUUGAAAUUUUUCACUGUCUUGAAAAGUAUACGUGUUGAUAUUUUUUGUCUAACCAGUUAAACAUAAAUUGUUUUAUAUUCUAUGUUACUUUAAAAAGAUAAUCAUUUCUAGGCUCUCAAGUGAUAUUGUUUGAAUCCAUGAUGCAGAAAUUCAUAAUUUGUAUGACGGUCAUAAUGUUGCUUACAGCCAUACACAUCGAAUCCUCGGAAUCUCCGUCGGAUUCCUCGGCGACUACCUCGGAAUCUUCCUCGAAUUCCUCGGCGUCUUCCUCGGAAUCUUCCUCGAAUUCCUCGGCGUCUUCCUCGGAAUCUUCCUCGAAUUCCUCGGAGUCUUCCUCGGAAUCUACAGAUAGUUCAGAAGAUGAUUGCGAUUCGAACCCGUGCCAGAAUGGUGGCACGUGUGUUGAAGGUAACGAUGGUUACACGUGCAGUUGUCCAGCUGGAUAUACCGGAGUCAACUGUGAAACACCGCAGAGUAAUCCAUGCCGCCCCAACCCUUGCCAGAACGGCGGUACAUGCCAGUCUGCAACUGGUGGGACGACAUACACUUGUGCAUGUCCACCUAAUUAUUUUGGAACUAACUGUGAGAAUGACGUGGUAGAAAGGUGAAUUAAAUAUAAAAGAGGUGACAACAAAUAUAUGGAUAAUUACUUUGCACUGGAGAAAAUAAAGAAGAGAAAUAGAUCAGUUAGAUGACAUUUAUAGACAAUAAGACUAUCUUGACCAAUAUAAAAAGGAAUGCAUAUGCCCUUGAUAAAACAAUAUAAUAAAAUUAUUGGUAAAGUUAAUUUAAAUAAAUAUAAGUUGUUA